UCCGCUGAUAUGGGAGCUCUCCUCCCUCCUUCCUCUCUCUGCAUAAGAAUCUGCUCUCAUCCUCUUCACGAGUCGUCGUCAGCGUCCUCGCUUUGCUAAUUCAUCAUCGCAAUGUUGCAAUCGACAGUGAUUCGCGCGCCUGCACCUCGCCUUAAUCCGGCAAGUGAAUGGGCCGGCUCGGCCAGUCGCCCCACCCCACGCAGCUUCUGCUGCCACAAUCUUCCGCCCACAUUUCCUCCUCUCUCUACCAGCUCCUUCGUGACCCGGCUCCCCUCCACCGUCGCGUACUGCUCUCGUGCGCCUGAGCCCAACCCUGAUUCCGCGGGGGACCAGCUCGACGAGCCGGACCCCAACGUGCAGAGCCUGAGAGAGAGCAAUGGCGGCGGCGAGGGAUCCGAUAGGUCUCAGGAUGCUAAUAUGCUUGAGGACUCUCCCCAACAAGAGUAUUUUCGUGGUAUCCCAAUAGAGGUUGCAAAUAAUAUGCCUAAGGACUCUCCCCAACAAGAGUAUGUUUAUGGUUUCCCAAAAGAGGAUGCUAGUAUGCCUGAGGACUCUCCCCAACAAGAGUAUUUUAAUGGUAUCCCAAUAGAGUAUAUUCCCCUGCUAGCGUAUUGGAAAAGCUGUUCACGUGAGGAAAUUAGAGAGAAAUGCAGGGCAAUAUCAUUGGCGAUGAAUUAUGGUGAGGAGGCAUUGGACAAUUUUUACCGAGAAAUGAGCAAGGAAGUCGAGACAAUUCUUCACGAGGGAGACCCUUGUAGGAGGCUACCUGAGGAACUCUUCAGGAGGGUGGUGGUCACAUGCGUGUCCGAGGACUGCAAGGACAAUGACUGCAUCUACGUGUACGUGCUCCGGAGGCGGAAAGGGAGGAAAGAUAGGUCUCAAGUGAGGGCUGCAAAGGAAUCAUGCAGAGAAGUAGAAGUAGAGUUUACUAUGACUUACCUUGUGGAUUAUAAGGCGAGAGCAUUUAAUUGGCCUAAUGAUAAGUUUCCGUUUGGAGUGAGUUCGAUACCGCAUAAAUUGAAGGUUGUUAAUAAGUUUGAGUUCUCUGGCGGAGAUGUAUAUGGUGUAGCGAGUGAAGAAGCAAGGAAGUACGCUGGCUGGUUGAUUGCCCAAAACAAGUUAGCCUUCAAGGACAUGGGCAAAGACAUGAGCAAUGCAUCACUUUUGCAUGCAAAGGGAGUGGAUCGUCUGGAAGUUCCUUUGAAAAAACUGGCGGUUUCUACUGUUAGAAUGCUUUCGUCUUUGUCUCUUUGGGUGUCGCGGUUGCUAGGGUGGCCAUCCCAUCUGGUUUCUACUUUGGAAGGAAGAAAUGAAAUGUGAAACAAUUUUGUUGGAUAACCUUUGUGACGACGUAGUUUACAUGGAUGCAGCACCACGGAAAUUUGCACCAUGGAAAUUGCUCUCGAUCAAUCUUAUUUAGUGACUUUUAUCCGUGGUGUGGCAUGUAAUUUUCGUAAUAAGCUUCUGGUAUUCAAGGUA